AAGAGAAGUCCUCACUUCUAAAUUUGAGAUUGAGAUUGUACCAGUUCCUCUACUAGGUGCCUGCUUGCUUGUAGUAACGUUCUUGAGUGCCAGACUUCAUGACUUUUUUUCGCAUUUAUUGUUAACAAAACAACUACAACAUGCGUCCUGCUUCCCCGUCGUUUCACUCGACCCGUUGCAUUAAGUGCAAUGCGCCGCUGGAGCUUGUCAACGACUUGCCAGGAGAACGUACUCAGCGGCGCGAAGAGGAUUUCGAAUUGAUACUCGGUACGUCUUCGAGCAACAGUGCCCUAGGAGGUCACACGCAAGAGGGCGGCUCGUCUUCGUCAACCUUCCAAGGGCUCAAUCAAGCUCCUUCAGCCGCUCCAGCGAGUAAGGAGGAGAUAAUCGUGCGGAUAGAGCGCAUUCUGGCACUCGCGACGGGAGAGGAAACACUUUGUUCAGCUGUAGUUAUGAUUGGACACCAUGGACAGACACAUCAGAGUCAGUGGAAAAGAACAAAUUAUAGUGGUUUGGUUUGGGAAAGAUGAAAUUUUUGAAAAUUUAUUACCGGUAGGUACUACUUGUAUGUGCUACUUCUAAGUUCUAGUCCGUCGUGACAGAGUACUCAUCAAGGGAGUAGUCAUCUAACACAUAAAAAGAGCUACUUCUUCUACCUAGUAGUCAUAAUACUAAUAUCUCUUUCGUCAGCUUCUUCUAAUCAUAGCAGCACUUCUGGUCAACAGUCUACUUCAGGCUCUGCUGAUUCUGCUCGUGCUGGUGGUGUUUGCGACGUAUGCGUUUCGAAAGUAAUCAGCGAGGGGCGACGCCAGCUUCAAGAGGUGAAAGAAUCACGAAGGAUGGUUGAGCUCGCUUUAAAGCAACUCGAGGAAGAAGAGGAAUCAGCUGCAAGUGGCAGUACAGUUAAGGCUACCGCUGAAGCAUAUUUAUCCAUAUCCUUAGUCGUGUCAUAUCCUUGCCCUCUUUUUCAAGGGGAAAAUGGGCGCAGGGAUAUGCUCAAGGAUCUUUUGUGGUAGUUCUAAUACAGAGAAUCAAACUGACCCUUCUUCGGGGGCUUUGGACAGAGGAUCACCUUCCUCGCGAAGUUCAACAAGAACGAGUCGUGACGAGGAGCAUAUUUUACGUGUUCUCGGCGAGCAGGAGAAAGCCGCGAAGCAGGAAGUAACUCGGCUGAAGACAGAAGAAGACGCCUUGCUCCGUGAGCUGGAGCACGUGGACGCCGAGUUGGAUCAAUUGAGGGAGGAAGAAAAUUCCUUACACGCGGGUCCAUUGGCGAGCUACCAAUUAGACCUUCUGGACCACGAGGAUGAGAAGGGCAAGGGGUUCGCUUUAGUACGCUACACCAAGGACCAAUUGGAAAAAUUGAAGAGGGCGAGCGUGCUCAAUGAUGUCUUUCAUAUUACCUGUGACGGUCCGUUCGGCUGCAUCAAUACGUUUCGAUUAGGCAAGCUGCCGGAUGUCGAGGUCUCGUGGGACGAAAUAAAUGCCGCAUGGGGGCAUACAUGUUUGCUGUUGGACGUGCUAGCGAAGAAACUCCGAAUUCCACCGGAGACAUUCAGCUACAAACUUUUCCCGCGUGGAAACUCGUCGUCGUUGGUGGAGUACUUCAACUUUAAAUUGAUAUCACAUACAUUUUUGGUUCAUCGUUGCAAUUAAGUACUAUGACUUUGACUUGACGUCAGUAGAAUGUGAAGAUGAGCGGUGAUGAAUAUCAUCUUGCAGGAACGCGACUGGUGUUACGCUUGAGCUGUACGGAGGAGAGGGCUCGUUUGCACGCUUCUAUUCCGGCAGGCGGUUUGAUCAAGCGAUGUGUGGCUUCUUAUUGACGGUGAGACAGCUGGCAGAGUGGCUGCAUCGAAGAGACGCGAGUGUCCGGCUUCCUUUCAGAAUCGAGGAGGGGAAGAUCGGCGGGUUCAAGAUAACGCUGCAAUUCAACGAAGCAGAAAGGUGGACAAAAGCGUUGAAAUUCCUGUUGAUAAACCUGAAAUGGAUAGUCGCGUUUUUGGAAAGCCAUGAAGCGGGGUCAUAGGGGUUGAAAUACGGGUACUAUUCUUGAUGUUUGUCCUUUCCACCUUUUCUUGUCUGUAAAGAUGGAUACUAGAGACUCAGCAGGUGAUGAACUGCUGUAGUUGCUUGACGAGGUCCAUGUACAUUUCUGAAUUCAUGCUGAUGUCACGAUCUAUCCGAACCGUCUAGCGUACUGGAGAACCUGUUCUUCUUAAAGAGAGACCACAGACCACGACCACAUCCCGCUUUCGUAGAUCC